AUGGUCGAUACAAAAGUUGAGUGCAAUGGUGAAGAGAUAAAUGAUGAUCACUCUGUUCAAGCAGUAAGGUUUCAAGCUAACAGUGAUUCCUUAAGCAAAUCUGACAACCAAAAUACAAAGUCAAAGGAAGAAGGUACCGCAGAUGAUUCGAAUGCGAUUAUAGCUGUGAAAGACACCAAUACAACUACCGUUCAGAAGGAUACAAGAAAUAAUCGUCUGAUUACAGUUGGUGGUGUCACUGGCAUACAUGAUAUUCUUGAUCCUGUGAUAGAAUAUGCUGCAGAACCUUUGUUAUCACUUCACGAAGCAUGUGUUCCGUUGUCCGAUAUUCUCUUCAACUUAUCGUUCUAUGUAGAAUUAGCGCUCAGUGAAACACCAAAAGAACCACCAAAUGGAUUGACUGUGGACGAGAGUGCUGCGAUUCGUCUUUAUACUAUUGAAUGGGAAAAACCUCAUCGAAGUCUCUAUUCAAUGCUUAAUUACACUCUCAAAACUGCUCCACGUGAAGAACUUCGACCUUAUUUCAAGUAUAUGAAGUUGUUCUUGACUGCUCUCGUCAAGUUACCCUGUGUCCCACCAUUAACAGUUUGGCGAGGUGUAGCCAAAGAUCUAAGUUCUGAAUUUCCACCAGGCACUCUUGUAACAUGGUGGGCAUUCUCUUCGUGCACUCAUGCACUGCCUGUAUUGGAAAAUAAUAUGUAUCUGGGUUCUGAAGGUGAGAGAACUCUUUUCUCAGUCGAAGCAAUCAAUGGUCGAACGGUGCAAGCUCAUUCACACUUCGUUACCGAAGAUGAAAUUCUUCUUUUGCCUGGUACCCGCAUGGAAGUUCAAUCACUGUUUAGUCCCGCAGCUGGUCUUCAUAUUAUUCAUUUGAAGCAAAUAAAACCGACCGAAACUCUUCUCGAACUCCCAUUUGAAGCCCUUCUCUAUCCACCUGAGAACAAGAAAAAACCUUGGUACAAAAAGAAACGAACGAUAUUUGAAUUAGCUAUAAUCGUCAUAAUCUGCAUUGCUGGCAUAAUUGUUGGUGCAGUACUUGGUUCGAGACGACCGCCACCACCUCCUCGUAUGUUAAAUUAG